GCGAGAGCUUCGAAUAGAAGGCACCGUGGUGGUAACCUCAGCAAGGACUACUGCUAUAAUCAGAUGCCACAACCAUAACCAAGGAUAUCGGAGCACCCAAAAAAUGCCGGGCGGACGAAGACCAUGGAGCUCUUCAAAGACCGCCAUCCGCUUUGACGACUCAAUGAAACUGUUGAGAGCCCAGUACUACCACGACCACAAUGUUGAAAGCGGAAUAUGAAGCGUUGGCUAACCAUGGGAGACCGAAGGGGGUCAUCAUGUGUCGAAAUCUGUCCAAAUACGCCCCACUAUUCCUUCUCCUGGCCCUCUCUGGUCUCAUAUUCCUUCUGCGCAACAUUCACACUCUGGAGAACCUGAGCUGCCACACAGCAUCAACGCUUUUUCAGCUCCAGAACAGCAUCCACACAGCUUUUGCCCAGAAGGGGCCCCUCCCUCCGUACCACAACGAUACCUUCUGCAGCCACCUGGGGCUGGAGCUCACCCCUGACGAAGCCCUGGAGGAUCGCUACCUCCUCAACGCUAUCGCCUGGCCCAAGCUGCCCGCCCGCCCCGCCCCCGCGCCCCUACGCCAGACCAGUGACCCCGUGCACAGCCUGUUCGCCAUCCUGCCCUCCAAGGGCCGGAGGGAGUGGCACUUGGGGGACCAGCUGGAGGCCCUGGUCCAGAUGCACGACUUCCAGGGCCGUCCCAAGCGCUACGGCGGGGACUUCCUGGUGGCCCGGUUGCACUCCCCUGAGCUGGGGGCGGGGGUGGCGGGCAGGGUGGUGGAUCACCUCAACGGCUUCUACUCGGCUCUGUUUCCCCUGCUGUGGCAGGGCACGGUCGAGGUGGUGAUCACCAUGGUGCACUCCAGUGAGGCGGUGGCCGUGCUGCAGCGGCUCCAGGAGCAGCGGCCUGACCGGGUCUUCUUCAAGAGUCUGUUCCGAUCAGGCUUCUUGUCCGAGACCACUUUGUGCAACAUGUGCCUGCCGCCGAAUCAGCCACAGGAGCCGCUGUGCAACUACACGGACCUCCACACCGGGGAGCCCUGGUACUGCUUGAAGCCCAAGAUGCUGAGCUGUGACACUAGAAUAAACCACGCCAAGGGUGGCUACCAGAAGCACCUCAUCACCAACAAAGAAGCACUGCUCUUUCAGAGCGGUGUGAACAUCAAAGUUGUCAUUCAUGCGUCAGGACCUGAUCGGAUCAACGUGCUUCCUAAGAAGAUAGAUGAACCAGAGUUAGAAAACGUCAGCAUCAAACCAGAGCCGGUCAAGUAUACUCCUUCUGGGUAUUAUUACCGAGGCUCUUGGAGGUCCUUCGGUGGAACUACUUCUCGCCAGUUUAACGACUCCUCGUCCAUCACGCAGUGCCUGACUGGCAAGGUGAUCCACAUGUACGGAGACUCCACGGUGAGGCAGUGGUUUGAGUACCUCAACGCUUUCGUACCAGAAAUCAAAGAGUUUAACCUUCACAGUCCAAAGAACGUGGGACCCUUCAUGGCGGUGGACAGUAAACACAACAUCCUGCUGAAGUACCGCUGUCACGGUCCGCCCAUUCGCUUCUCCACCGUCAGCACCAGUGAGCUACGCUACGUCGCAAACGAGCUGGACGGCCUGCCCGGAGGGCCCGACACCGUGGUGGUCCUCAGCAUCUGGGCCCACUUCAGCACCUUCCCCGUGGAGGUCUACAUACGCCGCAUGCGGCACAUCCGACGGGCACUGGUACGGCUCCUGGACCGGAGCCCCGGCACGCUUGUGGUGAUCCGCUCGGCCAACUUACAGGCCCUGGACCAGGAGGUGAGCCUGUACAACAGCGACUGGUUCUCACUGCAGCGCGACAGGGUUCUCAGACCCAUGUUCAUGGGCCUGGGUGUUGUGUUUGUGGACGCCUGGGAGAUGACUUUAGCCCAUAACCUCCCCCACCAACUCCACCCACCUCCGGCCAUCAUCAAGAACAUGAUGGACCUCAUCCUGUCCCAUGUGUGCCCUACCAAGAAGAAGAAGAGCUAGUGGCAGGGAAAGAAGCUGGAAGAGACGUGCUGUCCAAUUGCUUGCAACAUUGUUUGCCUAUUCUGAUUCUCUUACCAUGAAUAAGUUACCUAACUAUUUAGCAGACGCCUUUAUGCAAAGCACCUUGCAGUAGAUUCAGAUACAUGUGACUGAGGAGAUGGUAGGCGUUAAGCACCUUGCACGUAACAAAAAAGCCACCUGUUUUUUUUAUUUAGAAUUCUGUAAAAUAAAUAUUAAGUGGCAUUCACAUCUCCUUAACAGAUUGGUUGACGUUUUAGCUUCUUUAAAAAAGUAGACAAAAAAAACGAUUGCAAUACAACCAACCAGAUCUUAGCUUUAACAUUAAGUAAUGAUCGAUAUUUUACUCACAUAUUAACAUCAAGGGAGAAUUGUAAUCCCAAAAAAGGGUUCCUAAGCCAUGAGUGACGAUUGUGUUUAUCCUACGAUGGUGCCUCUGUGAAAAGGGUCUGCUUAAUUUAAUGAACCUUAUGCAACGUGGAAAUUUACCUCAAAAUCUGAAAUGGACCUAAACUAUUUUCUUUAAUUAAUUUAUUUUGGAAGGCACAGUUGUCUAGAUAAUGUCUUUCUCGAAACAUGGCUAGAUGGGGCAAAAGAUAGCAUCUAAGUAGCACCCAAGUUCAUAAUCAACCUUUGUAAAAAGAGAAACAUUUCCAUCCAAAUCAAGAAAUGUUUUCAUUUUAUAUAAAAAACGAAAUUUCACGUAUGUUGACAAAAGGCCGCCAGACAAGCAGCCACUACUGAUACCAUCCAAUUAUGUGCAUGUUCCGGAAAACUUUUAUAUUUAAAAUGACUAUUGACUCAAUGACUUUUCAGAAUUUAGUCUUAUUUUUAGUCAUCAAUUUCAGAAACCAUGUUAUUCAGCUGUAAAAUCAAUGUCAUGUUUUGUUAUUUUAUCGCUAUCUUCUUUUACUCACCAAUGUUUACAAUGAUUGAACUAUUUUGCGGUUGGUUUCAAGGAAGCUGUCCUUCACCAUACAGUGAAAUGGAUGAGACAGAGGCGACUCACUCUGAGUUAUAAUCCAUGUGCCGUGUCGUAGCACAAGGGAACUAAUCUUCUGGGACAUUGAUAAUGUAAUUUUAUUGCAUCUUGUAGUUAUAUAUUAAGUCCCAUUUGGACUUUUUCCACUUUUGAGGAAUGUAUCCAUCUUUAAACAUUUAGAUAUGGUUUUGCCUCACGCUGUUUUUCCCCUCCCUGCCAGAUCCCUUUCUCUGACCCCAACUGUUGAUUUAUGUGUAUUCACCUUCUUCCUGUUAUUAUCCCCCUCCCUGUCAAACAUCCUUCUCUAUCCCUCCACUACUCUUGAGGGGUUGAUCGAACAAUUGAUCUUUGAUGAACAAUUGAUCCACUGGAUCAUCCUCCUCCCUGCCAGACCUCUGUCUCCAAGCCCAAUUGGCCCUUCCUUUGUCUCACAGCCUAAUUAGCCCAACGACAGAUCCACCACGGACCAACAGGUCUGGGGCCCAUCUUGCCCAAGUAUCACGGUAACCCAAUAGGAAUUGGGUUACCAUCAGUAUAAUGGUAACCCAAUAGGAAUCACUGGGUUACACCUUCUUGUAUGAUAACAGGUAAUGAAUUGAGGUAAAAGCCCCGCCCUUGUCAUAUGUUUUGAUAUACUGAUGUGUAGAAUUGACCAGAGAUUUUAUUGUACCACAUAAGGACUCAGUUGGCUGUUUUGGGUAUCCUGCGUGAGCCCACAAAUUCAUUGUUGAAAGUGAAUUAUUGACUCCGUGGACAAUUUGAAGGAAACAGACUUGGAAACUGCACCUUGAUUUGAACAUCCUUCUACAUUUGGCAAGCCAGCCAGAAUUGAGCAAGAGGACUCCGGCAUCUCUUAAACUCUACACCAAUCUCUCCUACUAGACCUGGUUCUAGUAGGUAUCUACCAGGGUACCCGGAGAUACCUUACGACUUCGUGUGCAACGAAUACGAAUACCAAGACAAAUUCCUAAUUUGUGUAAAUGUAUUUGGCAAUAAACCUUUUCUGAUUCUAAUUCUGAGUGCCCCCUUGGGUUCAAGUCGCAUCGGAGCAGAACCCGGGGCAGAUCUAGGACCAGGGACUCGAUGAUUAGAUAGAGGAUAUUCUGGAUAUUCUGUUGAAUCUGCCCCUCUGAUUCCAUCAUGUUUACCUCAGCCUAAAUUCUAGCUUCUGAUUGGUUAGUUCAGUCACAUGAUGGGUCCGAACAAGGAAGUGUUUGAAAAUAGAUUAACGGUGAUAUUUUUUUUAUCGCGCGAUAAAAGUUUUGCGUUAACGCAGCCGAUAACGGCCCACCACUAAUAUAUAUAUAUAUUAAUGAAGUUGAUCAAUAUAUACAUACAUAUAUUAAUCAACUUCAUUUCUAUAUGAACGUGUACAAGGAAAUUACGAGCAAGUGACGUAGUUCCCGCCCAGACGCUGAUUGGCUUAUACGUUUGCCACUUUGCAUAUUGACUUUUUGGAAAACGUUUUGGAUUCCGUUUUGGAAAACGUUUUGGAUUCCGUUUUGCAAAGCGUUCGUUUUGCGGAUUGAAAUGUCAUUUGAGUAUCCCAACACACGGAGCGUGGCGAAGUGGAUUGCAAUCACGGGGACGCUAUAGCUUUUCAAU